AUGGAUAGAUUGCAUUCGCGGCAUCCAUCAGUAGUUCAGAAGUUAUCUGGACAGUCUAACCUUGUGUCCAGGCUUGCUCCUAAUCACUCCAGAAAUUAUUCUACCACUGGUAGUUACUUCAAUGGAGGUUUACAGUCUUUGGCUUUGGUUCCCGUCACAGCACAUGCGCCGGCUGAGAAAGGGGUGUCUGGAUUUUGGUUGAUUUCCUGA